AUGGGUCCUGGUAGAGGUGGCAGCAUGGAUGGGCAGGACCCAGCCCUGGGCUGUGAGCGUGAGCAGAAGGGGCAGCCAGCUUUCACCUGGGAAGUGCAGGCCAACAACAGAGCCCAAAACGAGCAGCUCAGGAAGAAAUCUGCCUUCUGCGUGAGCAAGAAGAAAUACGCGGGCAACGCCAUUAAGACGGCCAAGUACAACGUCCUCACCUUCCUCCCGCUGAACCUCUACGAGCAGUUCCACCGCAUGGCCAACGUCUACUUUGUCUUCGUCAUCCUCCUGCAGACCUUUCCUGAGAUCUCCACGCUGCCCUGGUACACUCUGCUCUUCCCCCUGAGCUGCCUUCUCACCAUCCGUGCCCUACGGGACCUGAUGGAUGACAUUGGCCGACACCAAAGUGACAGAAACAUCAACAGCAGGCCCUGUGAGAUCCUGUCUGGGGAGAGCUUCCGCUGGCAGAAGUGGCGCGAUGUCUGCGUUGGGGACGUCGUCCGCCUGCACAAGGACAGCCUCGUCCCAGCCGACAUGCUCCUGCUGUGCAGCUCAGAGCCCAGCAGCCUCUGCUACGUGGAGACCUGUGACAUCGAUGGAGAAACAAACCUGAAGUUCAGACAAGCCCUCCUGGUCACCCACCAGGAGCUGACAAGUGAGGAGAGCUUGGCUGCCUUUGAUGGGAGAGUGACCUGCGAGGAGCCCAACAGCCGCAUGCACAGCUUCACUGGUGUGCUGCAGUGGAGAGGCGAGACGCACGCGCUCGAUGGCGACAGGAUUCUGCUGAGGGGCUGCAAACUCCGCCACACCGACACGUGUUACGGCUUGGUUCUCUAUGCAGGAUCUGAUUCUAAAAUUAUGAGGAACUGUGGAAAGAUCAAGAGGAAGAAAACCAAGCUGGACCGCAUGAUGGACCGCCUGGUGGUCAUAAUCUUUCUGGUGCUGCUGGUCACAUCGCUGUGCCUCGCCAUUGCCUCAGGGUUCUGGGCCAAGAUGUUCCAAGAGAAACACAGCUACCUCGCUGCUCUCUAUAAGCACACGGCUCCUGCCAAGCAGGCUUUCUUCAGCUUCUGGGGCUUCACCAUUCUGCUGAGCGUCAUCAUACCCAUGUCCAUGUAUAUCACGUUUGAAUUCAUCUACCUGGUGAACAGCUUUUUCAUCAACUGGGAUUUGGAGAUGUAUUAUGCUGUCAAGGACAUCCCAGCCAAAGCCAGGAGCACCAGCCUCAACGACCAGCUUGGCCAGGUGGAGUACAUCUUCUCGGACAAGACGGGCACCUUGACGCAGAACAUCAUGAGCUUCAAGAAGUGCUGCGUCAACGGGAGCAUCUACGGUUUGGACACGGGCCAUGAGAACAAACAGCCACCGGGGUUGGUGCUGACCCAGAGCUGCCAUGGGGAGAAGAUGUUGGACUCCAACAACGUGGGGCUCCGGGAAGCAGUGCAACAAAACAAGGAUCCGGUGCUGCGGGAGUUCCUGCGGCUGCUGGCCCUCUGCCACACCGUCAUGGUGGAGGAGAGGGGAGACCAGCUGGUUUACCAGGCGGCUUCUCCAGAUGAGGAAGCAUUGGUGCUGGCAGCCAGGAGCUUGGGUUACGUCUUCCUGUCCCGAACGCAGGACACCAUCACCAUCAGCGAGAUGGGGGUGACGAGGACGUUCCAAGUGCUGGCCAUGCUGGACUUCAACAGCGAUCGCAAGAGGAUGUCGGUGUUGGUGAGGGACCCACAGGGCACCAUCCGGCUCUACACCAAAGGGGCUGACACCGUGAUCCUGGAGAGGCUGCGGGGUCGGGGACCCAACCAGGACUUCACCGAGAGGGCUCUGGAUCACUUUGCAGAGGAGACCCUGAGGACGUUAUGCCUGGCCAGCAAGGAGCUGAGCGAGGCGGAGUACGACGAGUGGAGCAGGAGGCACCGCAUGGCCAGCAUCCUGCUGCAGGGCCGGGCGUGUGAGCUGGACAGGCUGUACGAGGAGAUGGAGCAGGACCUGGAGCUGCUUGGGGUCACAGCCAUUGAGGACAAGUUGCAAGAAGGGGUCCCUGAGACCAUCCAGCUGCUGAAACUGGGCAACAUCAAAGUGUGGGUGCUGACGGGAGACAAACAAGAAACAGCAAUGAAUGUCGGCUAUGCAUGCAAGCUGCUCACGGAUGACAUGGAGAUCCUGGAGGAGAAGGAAGUGAGCGAGAUGCUCGAGGCUUACUGGGCAAGAAACAACAACGUCAGUGGCAGCGACUGUGCCUCACAGCAGCACCCUGAGCCUCUGUGCCACAAGAAGAGAGCUCUUGUCAUCAGCGGGGACUUUGUGGACACAAUCCUGCAGACAGGAGAGGUGCUACAGAAGAAGGGACAGCUGUGGCAGCACCUGGCUUGCCAUGGGACAACGGACCCCCAGGAGCAGGGCAGUCUGGUGGAGAAGGCCUUUGUGGACCUGGCCACCAGCUGCCAGGCUGUCAUCUGCUGCAGGGUCACCCCCAAGCAGAAAGCUCUCAUCGUGCAGCUGGUGAAGAAGCACAAGAAAGCCACCACGCUGGCCAUUGGGGACGGGGCCAACGAUGUCAACAUGAUCAAAACUGCUGACAUCGGGGUGGGCAUCAGCGGGCUGGAGGGCGUGCAAGCCGUGCAGUGCAGCGACUUCGCCCUGGCGCAGUUCUGCUACCUGCAGCGCCUGCUGCUCGUCCACGGCCGCUGGGCUUACCUCCGCAUCUGCAAGUUCCUCCGCUACUUCUUCUACAAGACCUUUGCUGGCCUCAUGACCCAGAUCUGGUUUGCUUUUCACAGUGGAUUCACGGCCCAGCCUCUCUAUGAAGGCUGGUUCCUUGCUCUCUACAACGUUUUCUACACCGCCUACCCCGUGCUUUCUGUGGGUCUUCUGGAGCAGGACGUGAGUGCCAAGAAGAGCCUGCGGUUCCCUGAGCUCUACACCAUUGGGCAGCAGGACAAGCUCUUCAAUUAUCGUAUUUUCAGCGUGACGCUCCUGCAUGGUGUCAGCACAUCGCUCACCAGCUUCUACAUCGCGCUCUGGGCCUUUGAGGACCACGUUGGCAGCAGGACUGUGGGGGACUACGAGUCCUUCUCCAUCACGGUGGCCACCUCAGCUUUGCUGUCGGUCCUCGUGGAGAUCAUCCUGGACACCAAAUUCUGGACUGCGUUGUCUUUCCUGAUGGUCACAGCCAGCUUGCUGCUCUUCUGCCUCUUCUCCUUCCUGACCCAGAGCUUCGAUGCCUUCAGGAUCGCCCCCGCUGUCUUCCGUUUUCCAGGUCAGGUGCCCCAAAUCCCUGCAGUCCAUUCCUCCCAAAGCCAGGCCAGCUCAUUGUGGGCUCCAUGCCAGGAGCUGUUUUCCCAGUGGAUCAUGUCUUCGCUUGGCUGUAUCACAUCCCUUGGUCUGGAUCCUCUUGCUAUAUGGUCCUGGGUGACAGCAUUGCCCGCAGAUGCCACCCGGAACGCUCUGACCGACCCUUACGUCCUGCUGGUGGUCCUGCUGUCCCUGGUGGUGAACACCAUCCCCUCGCUCACCAUCCGCUCGUACAACGCCAUCACAGGCAACACCAGCAUCCAGCAGAAGAUCUGUUGGAAGGCCAGAAGGGAGCCGGAGCCCUCGGUGGAGCUGCGCACCCACGUCCCCCGUGGCUCCUUCCACCGCCGUUCCAGCUAUGCCUUCUCCCAUCAGGAGGGCUACGCUGGCCUCAUCACCCGAGGGGAGAGCCUGCGCACCAAGGGCACCCACAGCACCACCAAGGGCACCCACAGCACCACCAAGGGCACCAAAGGCACCCACAGCACCACCAAGGGCACCCACAGCACCACCAAGGGCACCAAAGGCACCCACAGCACCACCAAGGGCACCCACAGCACCACCAAGGGCACCCAAGGCACCCACAGCACCACCAAGGGCACCCAAGGCACCCACAGCACCACCAAGGGCACCAAAGGCACCCACAGCACCCACAGCACCACCAAGGGCACCCACAGCACCACCAAGGGCACCCAAGGCACCCACAGCACCACCAAGGGCACCCACAGCACCACCAAGGGCACCCACAGCACCCACAGCACCACCAAGGGCACCCAAGGCACCCACAGCACCACCAAAGGCACCCACAGCACCACCAAGGGCACCCAAGGCACCCACAGCAUCACUGACACCCAUACCACCAAUGACACCUGUGCCACCACAGCGCUCCAUCGCCAAGGGACAAACCCCAACUUGGCUCUCCCCCCAUAGCUGACCUGGCCACGUCCCGCUGAGGCCAAAGGGGUUUCCUCCUUUUGAGGUCAUCUGAAUCCAAUUUGGGUGUUUUUGCUCCACGAUCUCCGCACUGUGGUCCCCAAACCCGUGGCAGUGCUGUGUGCCAUGCCCCCAUCCCCACCUCCCACCAUUCUCUGGGGACGUGCACAGCCCAUGGGACGCUGCGGAGCCACAGCUUGGGGAGGACAGAGCAUGCAAACAACCACCUGGUGGCCGGAUCACCAUUUUUUAUCCUCGUUUUUGUAAUUAAAAGCCCCCUGGGACACACACACAGACACGGGGGUGAAUGACUAGAAAAUAAUUUAUUGAAGAAACAGAAAGCUGCAGAAAUACAACACAGUCAUGACCAGUAGAGGAUGAACAAAUAGAGAUUUUCUUUUUUUUUUUCUUUUUUUUUUUUUCUUUUUUUCUCUUUUAAAACCUGUUGGAGUUAAGUUUCCUGGUAAUUUCCCCUGCGUGAGUCAUUGCAAAGAACAAGGAACGAACUCCAGAGCACACAGCACAGUUUGGAUAAAGUGCCUGACACAUAAGACUCUUUUUUUUUUUUUUUUUUUUUUAAAUUAUUGUCUUUUUUUCUUUUUUUUUUCUUUUUCUUUUAGCAUUUGUAAAUAGCUUAAACAAAUAUAAUUGCAAGACACAGAGGAGUAACAAUUGCAUUUCGCUGUAGAGUAAAACCUAUCCCGUGAGAUUAACAACGAAGCGGCAGCGAAAGGAAAAAUAAUAAAGAUAAUAAUUAGAAAACAAAACAAAACCAUUCAGUCAGAAGGAAAAAAAGCAUUGAGCAACGGAGGGACGUGGCCCCCAAAGGAGGUGGGAUGGGUGCCUAUUGCUAUGCAGAGAAAUGAGCAGUGGGGUGGGUGGGUAAACCCAGUGCUGUGGGCUCCUCCUGGGCAGGGUGAAUGCUGCCUGACUUCUUGUUCUCCUUUAGAAACGUACGGGGGAGAAGGAUGGGAAAGGAGAAACAAAAAAGAAAACAAAACAAAGCCACAAAUGGAUUUGUUUGUCUUUGCGUUUUUAAUUCCCUUUCUUUAAAAAGCCCUGAAUGAAGAA